AUGUAUACGGCGACUGCGGCCAGUUCAAUCGCCCAAGCUGCCGCGACUGCACUAACAUUGAGUCCGACGAGCAAUGUCAAGGGUAAAUCAUUUGACCGCUUUGUGCAGAUCUUCUUGGAGAAUCAAGACUUUGAUAUUGCCGCGGGUGACCGUAAGUUUCCUUUCAUCAGACUGAUUGUCGCCAGCCAGCAGCAGUUCCAGCACUUACAUGUCCUCACAGCAAAUCUGGCUUACCUAGCCAAGCUUGGCAUCACGUUAGACAACUACUAUGCCAUCACGCACCCUUCACAGCCAAACUAUGUCGCGGCUGCGGGUGCAAGCACGCACUGGAUUAUUGAUGACGGCUUCCACCGCAUCGGCGAGUCAACAGAGACGAUCGUUGACCUCUUGGACGCGGGCGGCAUCAGCUGGAGCCUGUAUCAGGAGGACAUGCCGUAUUCAGGUUUCGAAGGAGACUACAUUAACCCGCAGAACGGGAAGAACGACUACGUUCGCAAGCACAACCCACUUAUGAGCUAUGACUCCGUCACUUCGGAUGUCCAAAGGCUAGCCAAGUCAAAGAACUUCACUCUGUUUGAGCGUGAUCUCGCGGCGGGAACUCUGCCGCAAUGGAUGUUCAUCACACCCAAUAUGACCAACGACGGCCACGACAGCUCUGUGACGGUGGCAGGACAAUGGGCUCGCAGCUUCCUAGAGCCACUACUGGCUAAUCCGAGCUUCAACACAGGGCGUACCCUCGUCGUCCUGACGUUUGAUGAGUGUGAGAACUAUCUUGCACCAAACAGGGUAUUCACUGUUCUUCUAGGCGGAGCAGUAACCAGUAAUCUGGUGGGCACGACAAACUCAACUCGUUUUAACCACUACAGCUUGACGAGAACAGUUGAGUUAAACUGGGGGCUCGGCGACCUGGGAGAGAACGAUGUGAGCGCAACGCCGUUCUUUUAG